AUGAAGUUGACGAAGUGGCAGGAGGUUCUUAAAUUUUGCGGCGAGAACAAGCUUCUCGUUAUGACGAUGUUCAGUGUAUUUCUAGGGGUAGUUCUAGGAUUCGCGCUUCGGCCAUUUAAUCUCUCACCGGAAACGCUGCAGCUCAUCAAUUUUCCCGGUGAAAUUUUCAUGCAAGUUCUCAAAAUGAUGAUUUUGCCACUAAUUUUUUCAUCGCUAAUUUCUGCUCUCGCUCAAAUGGAUGCCAAAGAAUCCGGACAAAUGGGUGUUUGCACAGUAGCUUAUUACCUCACAACAGCAACAAUGGCUACAGUGCUCGGCAUUAUUCUAGUUACUGUAAUUCAUCCAGGAGAUCCUUCGAUUAAAGGCACAGAUGUGAGUGAUGUGCCAACUGGAGGAAAGGUCUCUCCACUUGACACGUUUCUUGAUUUAGUCAGAAAUAUGUUUCCUGAGAAUAUCGUUCAAGCAACCUUCGAAAGAAUGCAGACGACUUAUGUGGCCACUAGGCCUAAAAUAGCUUCUAAAAAUGGAAGUAUUGAGAAUAUUAUUGUAAAACGAGACAUAGCAAUGACAAAAGGAAUGAACAUUCUUGGAAUAAUCGUGUUCUGCACCGGUUUCGGAAUCGUGAUGUCACAACUUGGCGAACGUGCUCGAAUCGUCGUCGACUUCUUCGUAAUUCUCGACGCUGUCAUUAUGCGUUGGGUUGUCACACUGAUGUGGUUCGCACCAUUGGGAAUCACGUGUCUCAUCUGCGGAAAUCUUCUCGAACUCGACGAUUUAUCCGAUAUUGCGACCGUCUUAGCUCUUUAUACAUUCACAGUUUCCGCGGGAUUAAUCAUUCACACAAUCACCACUGUUCCCGUUAUGUAUUUUCUGAUCACUCGCAAGAACCCGAUUCCAAUAUUUAAAGGAACAAUCCAGGCGUUUGUGACCGCUUUUGGAACAGCCUCCAGCGGAGCGGCCCUUCCGAUGUCAAUGCAAUGUCUCGAAGAGCAAUGCGGCGUUGAUCGUCGAAUUUCAAGAUUUGUGCUUCCAUUGGGAAGUACAAUAAACAUGGAUGGAAACGCGUUGUACGAAGCGGUCGCCGUGAUUUUCAUUGCUCAACUAAACAACGUGCAGCUCUCGUUCGCGGAAAUAUUGACUGUCAGUAUUACUGCGACCGUCGCCUCCAUCGGACUCGGAUCCGUACCAGCCGGUCUUGUUUCGAUCCUUCUCAUUCUCAACACUGUUGGUCUUCCGAUUCGCGAUGUGUCUAUGCUUUUCACAGUUGAUUGGUUCUUGGAUCGCCUUCGAACCGCCGUCAACGUUCUCGGCGAUGCUUAUGCGGCCGCUGCUGUUCAGCACGUGCUGCAGGAAAAGCUCGACAAAACUGACGCGAGACACGAUUACAAAUCAGAAAUCAAAGAGGAAAUUGAAAUGCUCAACUGCUCAAUGAACAUACAGCAGCCAGUUCAAGGAUAG